GAAGAAGAAGAAGAAGAAGAAGAAGAAGAAGAAGAAGAAGAGAAGCCUGUAUUUGUCACAUGCACACUCAAGCACAGUGAAAUUCAUCCUUUGCAUUUAACCCAUCUGAAGCAGUGAACACACGCGCACACACCCAGAGCAAUAAUACUACAGCGCCCGGGGAGCAGUUAGGGGUUAGGUACCUUGCUCAAGGGCACUUCAGCCUAAGGCCGCCCCAUGUUAACCUGUCUUUGAAUUGUGGGGGAAACCGGAUCACCCGGAGGAAACCCACACAGACACGAGGAGAGCAUUCAAACUCCACACAGAAAGGCCCCCUGUCAGCCGCUGGGCUCAUUUCGAGAACCUUCUUGCUGUGAGGCAACAGUGCUAAGCACUACACCACCGUGCCGUGUUUGGGGCCAGGAUGCAAUUUAAUACAUACAGUAUGACUCUCAAUUGAAUUUAUUUUUCUCCAACAAUUCCAUGAUGUGGAAAGCCACAGUACUGGCUGUGUGUCUGCUACUGGCUGGCGUGAGGGCGUAUGAUGGACCCUCAUAUGGGGUGAAACUGUGUGGCCGUGAAUUUAUCCGUGCAGUCAUCUUCACCUGCGGAGGCUCACGCUGGAGACGCUCCAUCACAAGCGCAGAAGACCUGCGUGUAGACCCGUUUGGCUCAGACAUCAGAGAUGCUGCUGAAGGCUUGGUGCUGCCUUCUCGCCCAAAGUUCUCCCUCCAGCACGACACUCAGCCAGUCUCUGUUGAAAUGGUGCGAGAAGGGCAGACAGCCUCUGAGUUCAGUCGGCUUGCCCGCUCCAUCAUCUCAGAUGAAGUACUGGAAGCCCUACGCACCUCUGGCAGGAAAGGCCGGGAUGUGGUGGUAGGACUGUCCAACGCUUGCUGCAAAUGGGGCUGCAGCAAGAGUGAGAUCAGCUCCCUGUGCUGAGACCAGCCACCUCAUUUCCUGUCUCUGUGUGUGUGUGAGAGAGAGAGAGAGAGAGAGAGAGAGAGUUUAACACUGAGUUCAUGCUUGUCAUGAAACACGUUACAAUUCAUAUUCAGCUGUAUUUUAUUAUUUUUUAUUAAAGUAUGCAAUAAAGCCCAUGAUGAAUCAUUCUCUAGAGCUGUGAGAAUUUUCUGAAUAUUUUGAA